AUGCCGUCUCCAACUCAGGAAGACAUUUUGGAAGUCAACGAAGGCCCACCCCAGUCUGAUGAGUGUCAGGUAGAAACCGUGUCCGCAUGCUGGACUGAACCGUACUGCCCUGCAGGUUCACCGUACGGAGAACCAGAGCAAGACUCGGGCUUUGACUGUGAAUCCAACCCUGAUCAGCCUUACAUCCUUCUGGAUUCCGGAUCGGAUGAUGGGAGAAGUGAAACAGAAACCUUCUACUUGGACCCAGACGCGAAGCAGGCCGUGGUGAUGGAACUGGACCCGGAGGCGGAGGCGAACCGGGACCUGUGCCUGCAACUGGAGGACGACCCUGAUGUUAAAUGCGAAGCCGACGUAUUGGAAACGGAGCUCAGUGAAGACGGAGGCCCCGACCUGUGUUGCCUGACCAAACCGGAGUCGGAAUCCGGAGCGGGGACUGAACAGACGGAGGAGAGUGAAGAUUUUUGUGCCGUUUGUCUGAACGGCGGAGAGCUGCUGUGCUGUGACCGCUGCCCGAAAGUCUACCACCUGGAUUGUCACGUACCUUCUCUCAUAAGCUUCCCUGUAGGAGACUGGGUGUGUACGCUGUGUAGAACUGACAAGGACCCUGUGGAGAACACACACCCCUGUGAGGCGGUCAGAGUGCCUUACACACUCUCCGACCAGGACCAGAGAAGGUGUGAGAAGCUGUCUCUCAUGCUGUACUGUCACCCCCUCAGCGUUCCCUUCCACGAUCCCGUCAGUCCUCUGGCCCGAAACUACUAUCAGAUCAUCAAGAGGCCCAUUGAUCUGUCAGUGAUCCGAAGGAAACUGGACAAAUGCAACACCCUGCACUACUUCACAGCAGAGCAGUUUGUCGACGACAUCUUGCUGAUGUUCAAGAACUGCGCCACUUUCAAUUACCCAGACUCGGAGGUGGCCCAGGCCGGCCGGACCCUGGAGGUGUUUUUCCUCAGCAGCCUGAAGGAGGUUUUCCCAGAGCAGACGUUCCCGUCGGCCAGCCAGGACAGGAUGAACAAAGCUCGCAACCGGUGGCUCAGCAGGAAGAGGAGACAUGUCUUCAGUGGAAGGAAAUUCUACCUAUAGAAUACAUACAUGUCUUCUGUUUUCAUUUAGUUUUCUAACGUAUGUCAGCAAGCUUGAAUAACAACAUAGCUAAAGAUGGAAAAAAUAUUCACAGAGACUUCUUAUGUUUGGACUGGAAUCACUCAUUUGUCAGCUGUUAUUUAUAGUUUUACAAGAAAAUGUAGUAGACUGUCUUCUCUGCUUAACAGGAAGGUCAGUUUAUGUUACAAAUGAACUAUAUUUUUCUACUUUGGGGGAAAAAUCCGUCCUUUAGACUUUCCAACAAGAUUGGUUCAAUCAGCUGUUAGUCCUGUCUUGAACAACGCCAUGCUUCUCUGUUAUUGUUCACACUUGUUCAAUACAGAUCCCUGUCAUUGAAAAUAAAUUCUGCCAAUUGUGAAAAUACCUUAA